UUACCCCAAAUUCUUCUCCGUUUCAACCCCCCCUCACUUUCCCACCCCCGUCCUUCUCGUCUUUAUUCUCGCUGCGAUUGUUCGCGGAUUCCUCCCGCUCUUCAUCUCCCGCCGCCUUCGCCUUGCGCGGCGCCCCCAUCUUCCUCCCUUUACCCCGAGAGAGGGGUGUGUUUCUUUCUUUCCUCCGCGCGGCGAAUCAGCGCUCUUACUCCCCUCGCGUCUUCGGCCUUCAUUGGCUGCCGGUUGUUGGAAAUGGGGGGUUGGGGUGGGGAGAGGGAAUCUCGGCCAGGCAUUCAGGUGUUCCUUGUGCCCUGUUGAUCCUUAGUACCUUUUGUUUUUAAAGUCUGCUUGAACUUCUCCCCCCCUCACAACCCCCCCCCCUCCUUGACAAUCGACUGUCUUUCUCCUCCUCCUCCCGGUUGAAUUCGUGUUUUUCUAGCCUCUAAAACCUGGGGGCUUUUUUAGGCAGGGGUUGGAGUAGCCGAAAGGCAAAUUGGCCUGGAAAGAAAGGGAGAGGGAGAGAGAGAGAGAGAGAGAGAAAGCGCGCCAGCUGUUUGGUGGCUCCAGUGAGUUUACUCCCAGAAAAAGUCGUUCAGGGGGCAAAUCGCGCCUUGUUCAUCUGCAGCUGUGUUUCUCUGGGGGUCCCCGCCGUUUUUUUCAUUUUCCAAAUAUUCGAAAGGUGCGGAGCUGGUGCCCGAGGGGCGUUCAAUCUUCAUUGUUCCAAAAGAAACAACACCACCAACCCCCCCCCCUCUCUCUCCAGUGUACGAUGCGAGGCCGGUCUUGACAACUCAGAGCUGACAGUCGGCGAGGAGAGAGAUUUGAUGCUGACGCUUGAACAAGGUUUUUAAAAGAGUUCCCGCGGUUUCUCCAGGGCUUCACUUUUCCUCAGAUGUGAGCUGCGUAGCUUUUCGUUGAGCUGAAGAAAAAGAGAGGCUGCGGGGCCAACCUCGUUGGGCGGGAUAGCUGUCCUCCGUUCCAUAUAAAAAGCAGAGAUACAGUUGGAAAUCUUGCUUUGAUAUGUGAGUUGAUGACGGCAAUACCACCAGAUGAGCUCUAGUAGAUUACUCACUGUGUUCUGCCAGAGAACACAUUUGGAGGCUUGUGCUGUGGGAAGAAAGAAAAUGAAUGCACAUUAAGUACAUUGGAUCUACAGUAGCAUGAACUGAGUGCUGUUGGAUGAAUGGAAAAACAGUCAUGAUAUUGUAAUAUCACAGCAAAGAGAAUCGCCAGUAUCCAACAAGCAUCUGAACAGAGAUAACACAAUCUAGGACAUUAACUGGAGACAGGAAUAAUCAAUAACAAUGAUGACAGAGACGGGCCCAGAUUUGGAGGUGAAGAAUGCUCAAGAAGGAAGUCCCCAGCAGCAGCUGGAGGCAGCAGCAACUGGGCCAAACACAGUGAAUGGUAGCUCCAACAACACAGUAUACAAUCAGGAAGCUGACGAUAAUGAGAAACCAGGAGCCCUCAGUGAUGCUAAACAUGGGGAGCGGGCUGUGGACAUGGAUGAAAAGGACUACAGUGAAGCAGAUGGGUUAUCUGAGAAGACUACCCCCAGCAAGGCCCAGAAAUCUCCUCAGAAAAUCACAAAAAAGUUCAAGAGUGCCGUCUGCAGAGUGACACUUUUGGAUGCCUCAGACUAUGAAUGUGAAGUGGAGAAACACGGUCGGGGUCAAGUACUCUUUGACCUGGUCUGUGAGCACCUUAACCUGUUGGAGAAGGAUUAUUUUGGACUCACGUUCUGUGAUUCGGAUAGUCAGAAGAAUUGGUUGGAUCCUUCUAAAGAAAUAAAGAAACAGAUUCGCAGUGGCCCCUGGAAUUUUGCCUUCACAGUCAAAUUUUAUCCACCAGAUCCAGCCCAACUCACAGAGGACAUCACAAGGUAUUACUUGUGCCUGCAACUUCGAGCAGAUAUUAUCAGCGGACGUCUACCAUGUUCUUUUGUAACACACGCACUGUUAGGUUCCUAUGCUGUACAAGCUGAACUGGGGGAUUAUGAUACUGAAGAACAUGUUGGCAAUUAUGUUGGUGAACUACGUUUUGCUCCAAAUCAGACCAGAGAAUUGGAAGAGCGUAUUAUGGAGCUACAUAAGACUUACCGGGGCAUGACACCUGGCGAGGCAGAGAUUCACUUCCUGGAGAAUGCCAAGAAACUUUCAAUGUAUGGAGUUGACUUGCAUCAUGCUAAGGAUUCAGAAGGCAUUGACAUCAUGCUGGGUGUUUGUGCCAAUGGCCUUCUCAUAUAUAGGGACAGGCUGAGAAUAAACCGUUUUGCCUGGCCCAAGAUCCUCAAGAUUUCAUACAAAAGAAGUAACUUCUACAUUAAAAUUCGACCUGGCGAGUAUGAGCAGUUUGAGAGUACCAUUGGUUUCAAGCUGCCCAACCAUCGCUCAGCUAAGAGACUCUGGAAGGUUUGCAUUGAACAUCACACUUUUUUCAGGCUGGUGUCACCCGAGCCUCCUCCAAAAGGUUUCCUAGUAAUGGGCUCCAAAUUCCGCUACAGUGGGCGAACACAGGCUCAAACUCGGCAAGCCAGCGCUUUGAUUGAUCGUCCUGCCCCUUACUUUGAACGCUCCUCCAGCAAACGGUACACCAUGUCUCGCAGCCUCGAUGGAGAAUUCUCCCGCCCAGCUUCAGUGAGUGAGAAUCACGAUGGAACAGAGUCAGACAAGAGAGAAGAUGAUAGGUAUAGGGGGAGAACGAGAUCUGAAGAUGAAGAGGUGACUACUCCAACAAAAAUCAAGGAGUUAAAGUUUUUAGACAAACCGGAAGAUGUUUUGCUAAAGCACCAGGCCAGCAUUAAUGAGUUGAAACGGACCUUGAAGGAACCCAAUAGCAAGCUUGUGCACAGAGACCGGGAUAGAAGGCUGCCUUCUUCGCCUGCUUCUUCUUCACCCAAACAUGAAGAUGAGACGCCAAAAGGGACCCCUGAGAAGGCCAAUGAGAGCAAAUUUCAAGAACAAACUUGGGAAGAAAAGGAUUUGUCAGGCCUAUCAGUAAAAGCCUUUCCGAAAGAAGAGAGUUUAAAGGCUGCUCCUCCAGUGGCCCUUCAGAGAGCGGGAUUGAGGGAGGGCACAGAGGAGAAAUCUAAGAUGCCUCGGCACAGGGCUCCUGAAAGUGAUACCGGGGACGAAGAUCAGGACCAGGAGAGAGACUCGGUCUUCCUGAAGGACAACCAUUUGGCCAUCGAGCGCAAGUGCUCCAGCAUUACUGUCAGCUCAACUUCCAGCCUCGAGGCUGAGGUGGACUUCACCAUCAUUGGUGACUACCAAAGUGCAGCCUUUGAAGAUUUCUCACGGAGUCUCCCUGAGCUUGAUAAGGAAAAGAGUGAGGGAGAAGCAGAGGGUCAGAUUUCUACUGAGGAAACUGACAGAUCAGCUCCCAAGGAAGAUGGUGAUGCAAUGGAUGAAGAUAAGGUUUAUCAUGUAACCCCAGAAGAGUCCUUCAAUCAGAAAUCAGAAAUUGUAAAGAAAGUGGAAGCAGACAGCUCUGUGCAACACAGAAUUGGUACAACAGAUAUUACACAGGUUGAUGGUACCACUACAGAUGGAAAAGAGGCAGUAACCACUUCCCACACUGAAAGCCCAGAAACUAUAUCUACAACCUCAGAUCACAGUACCAAACCUACAAAAGGCACUUCAGAUCUUCGCUCCAUUUCUCCAAUUGCCAGUGGUGCUGUUGGCAAAGAAGCCUUCACCAGUCUUUUUGGUGCCACUGCAGAAACCCUCUCCACCUCCACAACUACCCAUGUUACCAAGACUGUGAAAGGAGGAUUUUCUGAAACCAGAAUAGAAAAGCGAAUCAUCAUAACGGGGGAUGAAGAUGUGGAUCAAGACCAAGCUUUGGCUUUAGCCAUCAAGGAGGCAAAAUUGCAGCAUCCUGAUAUGCUGGUAACCAAAGCUGUAGUAUAUAGAGAAACAGACCCAUCUCCAGAAGAAAAGGACAAGAAGCCUCAGGAAUCUUGACCUUUGUAUUUCUAGAAGUUGGCAUCUAUUUUAACUUUGAAGUAAAGAAGGGGCCUUUAUGCUGGAUUCCUCACUGAGACAUAGAACGUCCUGGCUGCAAGAAUAAUGUUGAGAGACAAAAUAUUAAAUAAAAAGGAAUAGCAAAUAUAUUAUAUAUUAUAUAUACAGGAAACAAAAUGCAUCCUUGCACUGCUGCUAUAUGCUGGAGAUGAAUAAAACAGCAACAUCAGCAACAAGCAAAACCAACCACCUCUUCAAAUAAAUUGAAGAAUUGACUGAUCUAAAAAAAUCAUGAUGGUAAUAAUAUUAAUAAUACAAUAAACCACCAUUGUGCAUGUUACAUUUAAAGAACACAUAAUUCAUUUGUUGCACACUGAAUGGAAAAGCAAAAAUGCUUUGCAACAAAGCAAGAAAUCAACUAGCAAAACAAGCAGAAUUACAAAAUGAUUCCCUGAUAGGAAAGAAUUAAAAUCCAUUCACUUGUAUAAUUUGUUUAUUAUUUUCUAAUUUGGGAUGUGCAGUGAUCAUCCUUUAUUUUCACGCCAUGCUACUUUUGUUGCUUCACCAUUGGAUUCUUUUAUUUUCCCCAAUUGGUCCUUCCUUUUUUAAAUGUUUCCUCUUCUCAUCUAAUGUCUUAUUCUGCUGAAGAUAAUUAUGACUUUAUUUCACUUAAAGCAAAGGAAAAUGAUAUGUAUAUGAUUUCUCACUGAACAAAAUGCAGCCUGUAGAGAUUUCAUAUUGAUGUGCUUUUAAGUUAUGGAUAUUAUAUAUAACUGGGGAGGGUGGGGAAUGAUAUUAAAACAAACAGUGCUAAGUGUGACAAUGACAUUUUCACAUUAUUAUUAUUUGAUUGAUAAUGGUUAAUGUAUUACAAGACUUUCAGAUUAUGCCAGUAUCCCAUGAAACUAAGAAUAGGGGAAAAAAGAGGAAUUCUGAGGAAGUUGUCUCUCACUUGAGUUUGGUGACACAAUCGUGAUUGUCACUGAUUAAGACACAUACAACAGUAUGGAAGGAGUCAAAGGCAACAAAACGGAUCAGUGUUACUCCAGCUCAGUUAGAAUGCCUCAAAUGUGCCAAUUAACAGUGUCUCUUCAUCCUGCAGGCUUAGGAGGAGCACAAGGUCAUCACACAGAAUGAGAUCAAAUUGCUUCAUUGUUCAAGGCCUUUAUUUAGCUGUCUUUCAGAGCAAAGUGUUUAUUUAGGGCAAAGUUGUUAUUGUAUAUGCCAUGUCGGUUUUUCAAAAUUUGAAAGUUUGGUUCCAAACCUAUCGAUUACGUGGCUCCAGUUUCUGAUCCAUGAAUAUGAGAAUCUGCCAAAGAGGCUGCCCUGUUCUACUCAUGUGUGGUUUCAUUUUGUCAGAUUGAGACUUUGGAGACCAUAUCUAUCAGGGAGAAAGAGCACCUCUGCCUUCUUUAAAUAUGGGGAUUCUAUAUCAGAACAGGAUUUAUUCAUGGGUUUCUUGAAGAUACAUUCAUCUGCCACAGUAAGCUGUGAAGCUUAGAGAACCAAACUACUAACAGCAAAUACUGCUCCGGAGUAAGGAUACUAUUAAAUAAAACUGCUCUGCCAUUAAUGAAACCUAGACAUUGUCCUUUACCACUUUUCAUUACCUCAAGAGUAAUUAAAGCAGAAAGAAAUGAGACAAAUCUAAAUGAAACAGUUUAUACUUUUCCUUCUACAUAUUGUGAAUUGGAUAAUGACAUCUCUUAUCUCUAAUUGGAAAUAUAAAUAAAAAUGGGAAAUGGUAAUAAUCAUUGGAGUAAUGUGGAUGUAUCUUAUAUCAUAAAUUGUUUGCCAUUGUAGGAGACACUGGGCCAUUGGCUGUUAUUAUGGCUCCUUAAAAUUGGAUCUGUUUUUGGCAUGUAGGAGUGUCCUAAUUAAACACUGAAAGCAUAGAUAUAAACUUUAUGCUGUAAGAGUCAUUUCUAAUUUUCAUGUAUCCAAGUGAUUUUCUCCUUUAGAUUUUUUUGAGGAUUUUUUGUUUCCUUUUAUUCUUCUGGAAUAUGUGAUGCCAUAAAACCAAAACAUCAAAAAAUGUAGAAACCCAUAAAAUAUGUAGAAAACAAAAAUCUUGUUCUGCUGAUUUCAAAAACUGAAGAAAAAUCUUGGUGGCAUUAUCAUGUUUUUUCCCCUCAAUGUUACAAAAAAAGUAUUCUCCCCCUCCUCCCCUAAACUUAAUUUCAUUUUUAAUUUCAAAACAAAGUUCAGAAAUUAGGUAUAUAUAAAGUACAUUCUAUUGCUCCUUCUAUAUGAAUUGAUAUACAUGAAUCUGCCACUAAAACCUCUGGAAACAAAUUGCUUCAAAAACCAUUUAUAUAAAGACCAGAAUCUAACUCUUGUCAAAUACAGGAAAGGAAAGCUAAAAUAGAUUUGGAUUCUUCCCACGGCAUGACUGAUGGGUAGCCAUUAACAAAAACUAGUUUUUUGUUUACCUAGCAAGAUGUGGCUUAUAUAUAGAUAUCUAUAUUAAUAUAUAUAUAUAAUAUUUAUUAUUUGUGGUAAAGUGGAAGCCAUGCAUACUCUUAAGAUCAUGGUUUCUUCCACCUUCUGCUGCCAUCUGAUAUAGUUGGUCACUCUGCUUUCUUUGGGUGAGGGGGUCUUUCCAUUGAAAGGGACGGUUGAUGCAACUGCUUGUUUGCAACAAAUCCCGCAACUUGAUUCUAAAACUGGCCUGCAACUGCAUGAAUUAAAAAGAUUCAUAAUUAUUUUUUAAUUUGAAGAGCACCUUAACCAACUGAAAUGCUGUCAUUCCUUCAUUAAUUCUUCUGUCCUUCUGACCCCUCCACCCAUUUCAAUUUUUGUCCCAUCCUUUUCGGUCAUAUCCUCUUUCAGUGCUUGGUGAUGUAUGCGUGUGUGCUCACUGUUCUUGUAUUCAAUAAAAGUGAAAUAAAUGUAUCUGAUGCUCACU